ACCUCUCUAUGAAGUAGAGCUGACCUGUGCUAACAACAAGAUAGUGUAGGAGGGAGAGCGAGAAAGAGCAGACGGGCGUACCUCUCGGUGCACAGACUCUUAACUGUGGAUACAUUUUUUAUCCUGGAGCUGACGAAUAAGACUUCUUUCCUCUUGGGACUUUUGGAUAGUCGAUCUAAACAACUUCUUACUUCUACAAUUCUUUAAUUCCUUUGGAAGGUUUUUUACCAGCUUUUUCUUUUUGGUCAUUUGCUGUAAUCAGGAUGUUUAGCCCAGUUACUUUGCAGCAGAUCAUUUCCACCUUGUUUGUGCUUGGCAGCGCUGCAGGGAUGGCAGACAGUGAGUGCCCGGCUGAGUGCUCGUGCACGCCCUUGCCCCAGCCGUGCCGGCCAGGCGUCAGCUGGGUGACUGACCACUGUGGCUGCUGUAAAGUUUGUGCUCGGCAGUUUAAUGAGGACUGCAGCACCACCGAACCUUGCGAUCACAUCAAGGGGCUACGCUGCCAUCUGGGGGCUGGAGGAGACCCUGAGAGAGGACUGUGUCGAGCUGAGGCCCAGGGUUUGCCGUGCGAGUUCGGCGGACGGGUGUACCAGCAUGGCGAGGACUUCCAGCCCAGCUGCCAGCACCAGUGCAUCUGUAUGGACAGGGUGGUGGGCUGCAUGCCCCUCUGUCCUCGCCAAGUGCCACUGCCCGACUUGCGCUGCUCGCGGCCCCGGCUGGCCAGGCCCGAGGGCGGCUGCUGCGAGGAAUGGGUGUGUGACGACGACAACCACAUCAGUGAGGAGCCAGACGAGCUGACACACACCUCCCUGCCAGACAGCCAGCCCCUUCCCAACCACAUCAGUGCCCUGCUGCAGGUCCAGCCGCAGCCCCGGCACCCAGUUGCUACCGGAGGGGCCACGUUCAGAGAAAUGGUGUCGUUCCCCAUGUCUGAGGUGUUACUCAAAUCCAGCUGUUUCCCACAAACCACUGAGUGGACCGAGUGUUCCACCACGUGUGGGAUGGGCAUUUCAAGUCGAGUGACCAACGACAACCCAGACUGUCGGCUGCUCAGAGAAACCAGACUGUGCCAGAUCCGGCAAUGUGAGCUGCAGCUUCCUGUAGCUAGCAAAAAAGGGAAGAAGUGUCAGCGAACUGUCCGCCCCCAGGAACCGGUCACAAUCACCUUUGCCGGGUGCUCGACGACACAGCUGUACCGUCCUCGCACCUGUGGGACUUGCACCGACGACCGUUGCUGCACGCCCUCCCUCUCCCGCACCGUGCGGCUCCAUUUCCACUGCCCCGACGGAGAGGGCUUCUACAGAAACGUCAUGUGGAUCCAACGCUGCAGCUGUAACACCAGCUGUCGUAUACACGGCGGGCCCUCCAGCCCUUCAGUCAGCCUCCACAACGACAUCCACACCUUCAGGCACUGAGGCUGACUCUCCACGCCCAGCCUUGGCCUGGCACACUGGGCAAAGACUGCACCCCCCUCCUCCCCCUAAACCCACCACCUCCCUGUCUGUCAGCUGGGUGUGCUCCUGCCACCCAACUCCCCAGCUAGGCAAUACACUCGCUUGCACUUUAAGCUUCCUGCCACAAUGACAUCAGUUUGUCCACACUAGAGGUGUGUUACUUCUCUUGUACCAGGGCAGCACUGAGGACUCUUCAGUAUACUGUAUGCUGCUGUGUUAGACUGUCGGCUGAGAGCUUUUUCUGAAAUUUCUUUUAUUUAAUUGUAAAUUUGUGUCCUCUCCACAGAGAGCAAUGUGACAGUUUGUCAUACAGAAAGAAGUUUUUUUUAGAUCAGUAACAGAGAACCAUCAUGAGAAGUGAUGGGAAUUAUGGACAUGCAUUUUGAAUAAUGAGGAAGAACUAGGUGACAUAUUCAUUAGUGACUAUAGAGGCUAUGUGUUCUUUAUUACGUGUCCUUCGUGAUGUUUCCUACACAUGUACUGAUUGUGGCAUUGAUUAUCUAUGUGUGUGUCUGUGUGUGUGUGUGUGUUCUUGUACAACUAUCAUUUGAGGACCAAUUUGAGUUUUAGACCUUCAGAGUGAGGACAUUUUUUGGAAAGUGAGGACAUUUUCCUUGCU